AUGUCCAUCGCAUCCGUGCGGGUGGCAGUCGCCCUCUCGGGCGGUGUCGACAGUGCGGUUGCGGCGCUGUUCCUGCGCCGGUGCGUGCCGCGUUGGGCUGAUGUGGAGGCGCUGUGGAGGACGAGGCGUCCCCUGGCGCUGCGCGAGGUGGUUGGGGCGCUCGAGCAGCGGCGGCCGUGGUCUGAGGUUGUCGCCUGUGCCGCCGCAACAGCAGGGACUGCUCACAACCCUGCAGCGGCAGUCCGCUACUUCCCGCUCUUUAUGAGAAACUGGGAGGACGCUUCAGAAGGCGACGGCGCUGGCCGACGCUGGUGUGAGGCGGCGCAGCAGGACUACCACGACGCGACGGAUGUUGCUCGCCUGUUAGGCCUUCUUCGUCAGGGGGAGAUGUUGCCGCUGCACAACUAUAGCGCCUGUUACGUGGAGAGGUGCUUCCAGCCCAUGCUGCACGCCUACGCGCGUGGGGAGACGCUCAAUGUGGAUGUCUUGUGCAACGAGGAAGUGAAGUUUCAGGCACUCCUUGACGCCCUACUCGCCGCAGGAAGGGCGGAUUAUCUUGCAACGGGCCACUACGCCCGCACCGUCGCCGCUCCCCGCUUGUGUGGCAGCAGUGGGGCAGCCGCAGAGGCGCGGGUGAUCGCCAGGCCGUUCUCUGCGGGAAAUGACCUCAAUGACCAGACGGUGUUUCUCUCACGCCUUUCAACAAAACAGGCGCUGAGGGCAAUCUUCCCAUUGGGGCAUGUCUUUGCGCGGAAGGCGGAGGUGCGGGCAGUGGCAGACCACUUUGGCAUGAAGCGGGUGAGCGCAAAAAAGACGAGCACAGGGCUGUGUUUCGUGGGUGAGCACUACAAAAAAAUUGGAAAAGACGAUGGCAGGCGUGCCGGCAGCUGCGUCAGUGGAUUCCGCUCCUUCCUGGGGGAAUACAUCGCCCCAGACAGCGCCGCCCUGCAGCGACUCACGGCCGCCGGCAGACGGACGACAUUCAUGAAUGCCGAAACCGGCGCCGUCGUGGAGGCAUCGGAGUUGGCGCUGCGGGGAGAGGGGGGCGGGCCGCUGCUUCCCGCGUACAGCCUGACGCUGGGACAGCUGGUCCGGGGAAGCGGCGAGGGCGGGAAACUGGCGCGGUACUAUGUGCAGCGAAAGGAUCUAUUUUCCCCCAGUGGAGCCGCAAAUGACGAAAGCAGCUGCCACGAUGAUUGGGGGUACGCGCGGCAGUUGCGCACGGUGUGGCUGGUGGACCGCUGGGACCAUCCGCUGCUCUACGCGACGGUGGCGCAGCUUCGCGACGUCGCGCUGCCGCUGCACCCACGGUGGCUUGCCCAGCAAGCAGCUGGUGAGGUGCGGCUGCGGUGUCGCUGCUGCGCACGGCACCAGGAGCCUUUGCGCCCGGCGGAACUUUGUUUUGCGUGGGGCGAUGCGGAGGAGUCGGAGGACCGCGUUCGCGUGGCCCGCGCAACGGUCCGCUUUGAGGAGCCUGUGCGCGCCCUGACCGCUGGCCAGGCGCUGGUGUCGUACAUUUCGCUCGCAAAGGAGGGCGCGGAGGAUGCGGCGGGGUGGUUUGUUGCGGCAAGCGGCUGGAUCGCGUAG